AUGGGUAAACUUAAUAUCGCUCACCAUAAAUCAUACCACCCCUACCGCCGGGACAACAUCGAGCGCGUGCGGAAAGAUGAAGAGGAAGCUGCGCAAAAGGAAGCCGAGGCUGAGGGAAGGAUAGUGUUGGCUGAUGCAGAGGCUCGAUUGGACCUCCUCCGAGAGCGCGCAGGGCUUGGGAAAGGGAAAGGAAAGGGGAAGAGGAAAGAGGAUGAUAUGAAAGCCAUAGAUGAUGCGAAGGCCUCCAUCAUUGCUAACAACUCGAUCCAAGGCCAUAUCAAUCUAUUUGAGGAUAUAGAGCAGCAAGAAACGAUUACUGCUGUACGGGCGACGAAGAAAACCACACAGCUGGAGACUGAGAAAGGUGUACCACUGGCUCCAAGUGCCAAGGACCUCAACCCGUGGUACAGCGAGCGCGAUAAGGAAAAGGAACAUCAAGAGGAUGAGAAGAGCGAACGCUUAAGAUUGCGCGAUCUUGCUUCAAAGACGAGGAAUGACCCUCUCACAGCCAUCACGCAUCAGCUCGCAUCACGCUCUUCAUCAAGCUAUUCUUCCCCUGCCCCUCAGACGUCAUGGCGGCGCCCCAAACACCGCACCCCACCUGAUUCAAGUGAUAAGAUGAAACCUCCUCCCCCACCCUCGGAUGCUACGUCCAUGCGCCUUGCGCGUGAAUCAUCAGAACGCGAGCGCGCGCUGGCGUUGAUUCAGCGCAAGCAACGUGAAAUGAGAGGCAGCGAAACACCGAGUACUGUGCACGGGGGCCUUGAUGAAGGGUAUGGGGACGUAUUUAACCGGCGGGAGGUUGAAGAAGCGCAUUCAUAUCGACGACGGCGGUGGUAA